AUGCAGUUCUCCAACAUCGUCAAAAUCAUCGCCGUUAUGGCUUGGGGCGCCCAGGCCCUGGCGCUGCCCCUCACGGUCGGCGAUCUGAACGACAACGCUGCCCUCGAGCGCCGCGGCUGCUGCAGGCGUAAUGGCAGAAACAGCGGGCCAGGGGAGGCCGAGACAGAGGACCACAAAGCGGCGAAUAACUACGGACAGACUGGGUGGUCUACCAGACCAAACCAGCAAUCCAUGGAGGGAGGCGCGUCGAGUCCCAAGCACGGGAAACAGAUGACCGAGGACCAACGGCGGGUAGCUAAUUUCGGGCAGACCGGGUGGUUUACCAAACCAAACCAGCAAUCCAUGGAGGGGGGCGCUUCGAGUCCCAAGCACGGGAAGCAGAUGACCGAGGACCAACGGCGGGUAGCUAAUUUCGGGCAGACCGGGUGGUUUACCAAACCAAACCAGCAAUCCAUGGAGGGGGGCGCGCUGAGUCCCAAGCACGGAAAGCAGAUGACCGAGGACCAACGGCGGGUAGCUAAUUUCGGGCAGACCGGGUGGUAUACCAAACCAAAUCAGCAAUCCAUGGAGGGGGGCGCGUCGAGUCCCAAGCACGGAAAACAGAUGACCGAGGACCGAAGGCGGGGGGGUAACCUCGGGGAGAGUGGGCGGUACACCAGGCCAAACGAACAAUCAAUGUAAGGCGAAAGGAUGCCGGAUGGGAGCCACCCCAAGAGCGGCUAG